AUGUGAGGCGCCCUGUGUGAGGAGGAGAUCCGGUCUCAACGAAACCAGCUCACCCUCACCUCAGCCCUCAGAUAGUCAGACUCAGAGGAACCGAAGAAUAGCCGCUUUGCUCUUUAAUGACUUCAUUUGUAUUGUUGAGGUGAAAUGAAUGCUAUGUUACUGGCUAGAGGUUUAACGUCCCGCUGUAAACAAAAUCUGCGCCUCCUGUGCUACUCUACGCCGAUCUCCUCGUCCUCCUCUUCCUUCUCAUCGAAUAACAAAUUAUUUGUUGGAGGUCUUUCAUGGGCAGUAGACGAGAAGUCCUUGAAGGACGCUUUCUCUUCGUUUGGGGAGGUUACUGAAGUGAGGAUAAUGUAUGACAGAGACACUGGGAGGUCAAGAGGCUUUGGCUUUGUACAUUUCUCAAAAGAUGAUGAUGCCAGAUGUGCCAAAGAUGCUAUGGAUGGGAAGGCAUUUUUAGGUAGGCCAUUGAGGAUAAGCUUUGCUCUUGAGAAAGUUCGUGGUGGACCUGUUGUAGUUCCUCGCCUUUCUAGUGUUGAAAAUGCCAAAGAUUGAAGUAGUUGAUAUCUUUGCAAGUGAUAGUAUUCAUUUCUAAAUGUUGAUUGAAUGGUUGCGACUUUCAGUGUAAGAGUGACGCUCUUCAAGCUAUAAUAGCAAGUUUAAAAACCAAAAGAAAAGGCUAUAAUAGCAAGCCUAAUGCUACAUAUGUUUCUUAAUUUCAAUGGCUUUGUAGGAAGAAAUGAACCUUCUCUACCACAAAAUCAAGGUAGUAUAGGAAAAGAAACUUGAUAUUCAUAUUGGAAAAGGUUCAAACUGGGAAAUAAGAGUUUUUUAGUUCAAUUUUGGCA